AUGGCAAUUGUUUUUGGAUUUCAAAGGUUUUAUCAAUUUAUUUUUGGAAAAAGUAUAAUUUUAAGAACUGAUAACAGUGCGUUAGCUUGGAUAUUGGGACCUCGAAAGGGCAUACCGCAGACUGCAGAUAAUAGAUUGCAAAGAUGGGCUUACUAUUUGUCAGGGUUUAAAUAUGAAAUUGAACAUAUUAAAUCAGCAGCCAAUGCAAACUGUGAUGCACUUUCGAGAUUACCAGUAGACUCUAAUAUUAAGUUAAAAAAUUCAAAUUUCUCUUAUGUAAACUUUUUUGAUAAUGGAAUAAUUUCAUACAAUUACAAAACGCUAGAAAAAGAAAGCAAAAAAGAUAGGUUAUUUUCGUCAGUGAUUAAAUUUGUUAUGUCUGAAUGGCCAAAAGAUAAAAAUAUGUCCAGUGAAAUGAAAAGUAUCUUUGACAAAAGAAUGGAAUUAACGGUAGAAAAAGGAUGUUUAUUUUGGGGAUUAAGAGCAGUUAUACCAAAAAGUAUGAGAGAAAUCAUAUUAAAAGAGUUACAUGCGACUCAUUUGGGCAUAGUCAAAAUCAAAAUGUUUGCUACAUCAUACGUUUGGUGGCCAGGUAUAGAUAAAGAUAUAGAAAAUUUAGUAAAAAAUUGUGAUAUCUAUAUGAUAGAAAGAAAGAAGCCUCCUCAGACUCCACUAACUACAUGGCCUUACCCAGACAAAGCCUGGUCUAGAAUUCAUUGUGAUUUCGCAGAAUUAUUUGGUAAAAUGUACUUGUUAAUAAUGGAUUCAUAUUCUAAAUGGCCAGAAAUUAUAAAUUUCAACACAAAUACUAAAGCGCAUAAAGUAGUUAAAGAGUUUGUGUUUAUUUGCGAGACAUGGUUUCCCAUUGCAUUGCGUCACAGAUGGGGGGCCACAAUUCAAAAGCGCUGA